AUGGCUGAUCUCUCUACAGCUACCUCAUCCUCUACUAAUCCUACUCCACCUAAUGUCAUUGACGCAUCACCAUACUACCUAGCCCCAUCCGAUAAUCUUGGAGCUUUGAUCACGUCGGUUCUGCUCACUCAUGAAAACUAUUCAGAAUGGUCUACGGAGCUUAGGAACUCACUACAAGCAAAGAGGAAAACGGGAUUCAUAGACGGUACGAUUGUGAAACCUGAAACAGAACCUGACCUUUCUCGAUGGCUUGCAACAAACUCCAUGAUUGUUGGCUGGAUUCGAACUUCGAUUGACUCGAAAGUACGAUCAACUGUUACUCAUGUCUCGACGCGCAUAAGCUUUGGGAGACAUUACGCUUCCGCUUCUCUGUUAGGAAUGGUACACGCUUGCAUCAACUACAGGAUGAGAUUACAAACUCUCAGGAAGCUGUGGGAAGAACUGCAAAACAUGAAAACAGCUCGUCCCUGCACUUGUGAUGCUGCUGCAGACAUAGAAAAAGAAAGAGACGAUGCUAAAGUUCAUAAAUUUCUCUUUGGGCUCGAUGACUCGCGGUUUGCUUCGAUCCGAUCUCGUAUCACAGAUGAGGAACCACUACCUGAUCUCAACAUCGUUUACUCUCGAGUGGUUCGUGAAGAACAAAACAUGACAUCCACUCGAUCCAAGGAACAACGAUCAGAGGCAUUAGGGUUCUCCGUCAAAACAGCACCUGCUCAAGAAACUACCAAAGUCGAAGACCGUUUUUCGAGGACUCUCAUUGGAGCAGGUGAAGAACGUGAGGGGGUUUACUACUUUACGGGUGUCAAAGUCGCGAGAGUUCAUGGGGUUUCACAGUCGCAGAAUUCUACUUCUACUCUAUGGCAUCGAAGACUUGGACAUCCAUCCUACAAGGCUUUAUCUACUUUACCAGCGUUUAAGGAUUUUAAGAUAGAUUUUUCUGAUUCUAGUCAAUGCGAUAUUUGUUUUAAAGCGAAACAGACUCACAAGGUGUUUCCAGACAGUCUUAAUAAAGCCAUUAUACCUUUUGCUUUGAUUCAUUGUGACGUAUGGGGACCUUAUCGCACACCAGCCUCGUGUGGGGCAGUGCAGUUUGGGAAGCAAGUGAAAACAAUUCGGACAGAUAAUGGGACUGAGUUCAUGAUCUUGGCACCCUACUUUCGUGAACACAGUAUCAUCCACCAGACAUCAUGCACUUAUACACCUCAGCAAAACAGCAAAGUUGAACGAAAACAUCGCCAUAUCCUCAAUGUGGCUCGUGCCUGCUUAUUCCAGUCUCGGUUACCUGUCGAAUUCUGGGGGAAGAGUAUAUUAGCUGCAGCCCACAGGAUUAACUGCACUCCUACGCAAGUACUUGAUGGUAAAACACCGUACGAAGUUCUGCAUGGAACUCCUCCUAUCUACGAUCAGUUACGGGUGUUUGGCUGUCUGUGCUAUGCGCACACGCGACCGAGAGACAGAGACAAGUUCGGUUCUCGAAGUCGCAAAUGCCUCUUUAUGGGAUACCCCUUCGGUAAGAACGCUUGGCGUGUAUACGAUCUUGAGUCCAAUGAAUUCUUUACGAGCCGUGAUGUGGUCUUCUUUGAGGAUAAGUUUCCGGGGAUUGAGAAAUCUGUUUAUGUCACGCCACCAACUCUACAAACUGAUAUCCCAGUCGAUGACUUGCUUGUUUCACCGGAACACCUAACAAGUCACCCUGCUCCACUGCGUGACUCGAGUGAGACAAUAACUUCUACGUCCCCGCCGGUAACAGUGACAGACUCUCACUACAAGAAAACAGGCGGAUCCCGAGGGAAAAUAUCGUCGGGAAUCUGUAGGGAAUCGACAUUCCCUACAGAUUCCUGA